AUGGGCCUGAGGCUGCUGCUCCCCCUGCUGCUGCUCUGGACUCCGAGGACCCGGGGGUCUGCGCUGGACCCUAACGGGCAGCAUGUGUGCAAGGACAGCAGCCCCUCAGCUGAGCUCCGGUGCUGCCCAGGCUGGAGGCAGAAGGACCAAGAAUGCACCAUUGCCGUCUGCGAGGGGCCCGAUGCCUGCAGGGAGGACGAAGUAUGUGUGAAGCCAGGCCUCUGUCGCUGCAAACCUGGAUUCUUCGGGGCCCAGUGCAACUCCCGCUGCCCGGGCCAGUACUGGGGCCCCGACUGCCGCGAGAGCUGCGCCUGCCACCCGCACGGGCAGUGCGCGCCGGACACCGGCGUGUGCCGCUGCCAGGCCGACCGCUGGGGCGGCCGCUGCGAGUUCGAGUGCGCGUGCGGCCCCCACGGGCGCUGCGACCCGGAGACCGGCGCGUGCCGCUGCGAGGCGGGCUGGUGGUCCGCCCGGUGCCAGCACCGGUGCCAGUGCAACCCCGUGGCCGCCCGCUGCGACCAGGCCACGGGCAACUGCGUGUGCCAGGCGGGCUGGUGGGGCCGCCGCUGCAGCUUCCGCUGCCACUGCCACGGCUCCCCCUGCGCCCAGGAGUCCGGCCGCUGCGCCUGCCGGCCGGGCUGGUGGGGCCCCGAGUGCCGGCUGCCCUGCCCCGCCGGCCGCUGGGGGGCGCAGUGCGGCCGCAGCUGUGGCCACUGCGCGCAGAACGAGCCGUGCGCUGCAGACACGGGCAGCUGCAAGUCCUGCGAGCCGGGCUGGAAUGGGACCCAGUGCCUCCAGCCCUGCCCGCCUGGUACCUUCGGGGAGAGCUGCGGACAGCAGUGCCCCCGCUGCCGGCACGGGGAGGUCUGCCAGCCAGACACUGGGCACUGUCAGAGCUGUGACCCCGGCUGGCUGGGGCCCAGGUGUGAAGACCCCUGCCCACGUGGCACCUUUGGGGAGGGCUGUGGCUCCACCUGCCCCGCCUGUGCUCAGGGGGCUUGUGACGCUGUGACUGGGGAAUGUGUCUGCAGCGCUGGCUACUGGGGACCCAGCUGCAACGUCUCGUGCCCAUCUGGCUUCCAUGGAAACAACUGCUCUGCUCCCUGUGAAUGCCCAGAGGGCCCCUGCCACCCUGUCUCCGGGGCCUGCCAGCUGGCCCCAGGCUCUCACAGUCAGGAUGCCACCCUCAUCGCUGGCAUCCUUGUGCCUCUGCUGCUGCUCCUCCUGGGCAUUGCCUGCUGCUGUGCCUGGUGCUGUUGGGCCGCCCGGUUGGACCCCAAGGACAGCCCAGCGAGGGAGGGAGCCGCUGUGUCCAGGAGGAAGCUCCAGGGCUUGUGGGAGGCGCUGACCAGCCUGGACUUCGCGCUGCCCUGCAGGUCCCUCAGCAGCCACAAGCUGCCCUGGGUGACAGUCUCCCACCACGACCCGGAGGUUCCCUUCAACCACAGCUUCAUCGAGCAGCCCUCCGCCGGCUGGGCCUCCGACGACUCCUUCUCUUCCGACUACGACUGCGAAGACGAGGACGAGGACCCUGCCUACUGCGUGCCGCCCAAAGAAGGGAUGGUCCCUGAGGCCCAAGCAGAGUCACCGGAGGCCAGCGUGGUUGAUGGUCCCUUCCCACCCCCCGAGGAUGCCUCCACGCCAUUCGCCAUCCCGCGCACUUCCAGCCUAGCACGGGCCAAGCGGCCCUCCGUCUCCUUUGCCGAAGGCACCAAGUUCGCCCCGCAGAAUCGCCAAAGCUCCGGGGAGCUCUCCAACCCGCUCCGGAAGCUCAAGCGGCUCUCCCGGGGCGGCCAGCCCGGUCCUGAAAGCCAGGAGGCUGAGGAGUCCACAGGCCCCGACAAAACGGAAAGGGACGAGGUCCCUCCCGGGGCGCCCAGCCCCAAGGAUUCAGCCCCCGGCCCCCGCCGGCCCCCACUCAGUGGCCGGACGGUGGCCGAGCGCGUGGAAGCCAUCGAAAGCGGCGUCCAGGAGAGCGCGGGCUCCGUCACCACAAUCUACACUUUGGCAGGGUCACCCCGGGAACCCGAGGGCCCGGUCCGGUCUGUCUUCCGCCGUUUUGGUAGCUUCCAGAAAGGCCAGGCAGGGCCCAAGGUGAAGAGUGCCAUCCCCAAGCCUCCACGUCGGGCACUGAGUCGGAACAAGGGCAGAUCCGGGCUGGCCCCUGGCUCUGCCAGUCAGAGCUCUGGCCCAGCCCCGAACGAGGAGCCCGCGGGGGCCUUGCAGCCCGCAGGAACCGGGCCAGAGGAAGCGGCCAGUGGGCAGAGGGAUGGCAUCAAGAGCUCAGGGAGGCUCCAGGAGCUGGCUCCCGGGGGCCCCCCGGUACAGGAUCCCCAGAAGCUGGCUGACGAGGAAGGGCAGGAGGAGCCGCAGUAUGAGAAUGUUGCACCCAUCUCUGGGCCACCGGAGCCCUGA